AUGACAUGCAAGCUGGGGAGUCAGAGAGUCCAGGAGCCCAAGGAUGCCUUGCAGAAGCUGUUCGAGAUGGAUGCGCAGGGCCGGGUGUGGAGCCAAGACUUGAUCCUGCAGGUCAGGGACGGCUGGCUGCAGCUGCUGGACAUUGAGACCAAGGAGGAGCUGGACUCUUACCACCUGAACAGCAUCCAGGCCAUGAAUGUGGCGCUCAACACAUGUUCCUACAACUCCAUCCUGUCCAUCACCGUGCAAGAGCCAGGCCUGCCAGGCACCAGCACUCUGCUCUUCCAGUGCCAGGAAGUGGGGGCAGAGCGACUGAGGACCAGCUUGCAGAAGGCUCUGGAGGAAGAGCUGGAGCAAAGACCCCAACUUGGAGGCCUUCACCCAGGCCAGGACAGAUGGACGGGGCCUCCUAUGGAAAGGCCACUCCCUAUGGAGCAGGCACUCUAUCUGGAGCGGGGGCUCCCUCCAGAACAGCCCCACCAGAGGACCCUAGAGCAUAGCCUCCCGCCAUCCCCAAGGCCCCUGCCACACCACCCCAGUGCCCAAGAACCAAGUGUCUUUACUCUGCCUCCUCCAAGGCGGCCCUCUUCCCCUGAGGACCCAGAGAGGGAUGAGGAAGUGCUGAACCAUGUCCUAAGGGACAUUGAGCUGUUCAUGGGAAAGCUGGAGAAGGUCCAGGCAAAAACCAGCAGGAAGAAGAAGAAAUUUGGGAAAAAAAGCAAGGACCAGGGAGGUCUCACCCAGGCACAGUACAUUGACUGCUUCCAGAAAAUCAAGUACAGCUUCAACCUCCUGGGAAGGCUAGCCAUCUGGCUGCAGGAGAAAAGUGCCCCUGAGCUCGUGCACAUCCUCUUCAAAUCCCUAAACUUCAUCCUGGCCAAGUGCCCUGAGGCUGGCCUAGCAGCCCAAGUGAUCUCACCCCUCCUCACCCCUAAAGCCAUCAACCUGCUACAGUCCUGUCUAAGCCCACCUGAGAGUAACCUUUGGAUGGGGUUGGGCCUGGCCUGGACCACUAGCCGGGCCGAAUGGACAGGUGAUGAGCCGCUGCCCUACCAACCCACGUUUUCGGAUGGCUGGCAACUUCCAGAGCCCUCCAGCCAAGCACCCUUAGGAUACCAGGCCCCUGUUUCCCCUCGGAAGGGAAGUCACAGGUUAGGGAGCACCUCACACUUUCCUCAGGAGAAGACACACAACAAUGACCCUCAGCCUGGGGACCCCAACUCCAGACCCUCCAGCCCCAAACCUGUCCAGUCAGCCCUGAAAAUGCAAGUCUUAUAUGAGUUUGAAGCUAGGAACCCACGGGAACUGACUGUGGUCCAGGGAGAAGAGCUGGAGGUUCUGGAUCAUAGCAAGCGGUGGUGGCUGGUGAAGAACGAAGCGGGACAGAGUGGCUACAUUCCCAGCAACAUCCUGGAGCCCCUACAGUCGGGGACCUCUGGGACCCAGGACGGGUCACCCUCUCAGGUUCCAAUGCUUCGACUUAGAUCGAGGCCUGAAGAGGUCACAGCCUGGUUGCAGGCAGAGAACUUCUCCAUUGUCACGGUGAGGACACUUGGGUCCCUGACGGGGAGCCAGCUACUUCACAUGAGACCUGGGGAGCUACAGAUGCUAUGUCCACAGGAGGCCCCACGAAUCCUGUCCCGGCUGGAGGCUGUCAGAAGGAUGCUGGGGAUAAGCCCUUAGCCACCAGCUUAGAUACCUCCAAGAACCAGGCCCUGCUAAUGCAAGAUGGCAGAUCUGAUACCCAUUAGAGCCCCGAGAAUUCCUCUUCUGGAUCCCAGUUUGCAGCAAACCCCACACCGCAGCUCAUACAGCAGAAACAAUGGACAGGCCCAGAGGCUGAAGCAAACAGUGACCCUUCUGGCUGUGUUGGAGCCUCCCCAGUAACCACCUAUUUAUUUUAUCUCUUUCCCAAAUCUGGAGCAUUUAUGCCUAGGCUUGUCAAGAAUCUGUUCAGUCCCUCUCCUUCUCAAUAAAAGCAUCUUCAAGCUUGU